GAGUGCACUUAUUGCCUGACUUGGUCAAUGUGGGAAGAGCUUCAAUUUGAAGUUUCCCUGGCAUGCUGCUUGUUACCAUGCCUGCACGACGACAGUAGAUUCUCCAGCUGAUUGAACUUUUGGUCAACUGAUCUGCAGAGAUGCAAUCUUGUCCGGUGUUUUGAUUUCUUGUUGUGGCCACCGAAGAGGUUCAGUGAAUCUUGGUUCAAGCUAAUUGAUUCUGUGGCCUGAAACUAGCAGAGAGCAGGCUAAGCAAAGAUUUGGCAUCUCCGAAGGACAAUGGUGACUUGAGCAGGGGCUGUCGUUCCUCUGUCAUGGUCACCCAAAUGAAGUAUUAUGAGAACAUUUGAAGUGAUCAAGCAGACCAUUACUGUACACUUGAGAAUGUGCGCUGGUGUUCUCGGAGACAACAUCCAUCGUCUCAUGUAUAAUCUAACAGAAGGAGACCCAUGGUUAGUGGAGUCACCAUAUCUACCAUCUCUGUCUCUCUCCCCUCCUUUUCCUCGUGGAAACCGAAACAAUAUGAUGAUGCAGUCUCCAUUGCUCCUCGCUGUGACACAAAUGGCAUGAAUCUUUUCCGGUCCCUAUCCCACCAUUUUGCCAGCCAUAUGUGGAAAGCAGCCAAAAGCUGCAUCAACAAAUACAAGGAACCAAUAGAUUGGUCGCUAAUGCAAUGCUUAAUGCCACCUUUCAGAUACUUGCUCUCGAGGGCUAUAAUUAUUCACCGUAUCUUCCCCUUCUCCGUCGUUUCUGCGUUGAUUUCGGUGUUUCUUUUCUUUUUGCUGUUCUGCACCGCUAAUCUCGCAUUGCAGAAGGAAUCGUAGAGAUUUGUAGCAAAGAUCUCAUCUUUUUCUAUUUUUAGAGGCCGUCCCGGGUCACCGGAGGCCCGGUCGAUGCGUUAGCCGCCAGCAGCAACAAUGGGCUGCGCCGCAUCGAAUGAGGCCGUCUCGGUGACACCGGCCGUCGACUCCGCCGGCAUCCUAAGGGACCAACGGGCGUCUUCGCGGAAGCACCGGAGCGGACGGAGUUCCAGGCGGGGAUAUUGCGGGAGCAAGGAGGAGGAGGACCGUAUUGAAUUGGAGGAACAUGGGAAGGCAAGCGAGGACUGUGCCAGGUUGCAGAAGUUUCGGUUAGGCAAUCUUCACAGUUACAUCGAAGGCGAGCAGGUCGCUGCCGGAUGGCCCUCUUGGCUCAGUGCCGUCGCUGGGGAAGCUAUUCAAGGUUGGGUGCCUCUUAAAGCCGACUCCUUUGAGAAAUUGGAGAAGAUUGGACAAGGUACCUAUAGCACUGUCUUUAGAGCACGUGAUCUCGGCACAGGGAAGAUUGUCGCAUUGAAGAAGGUGCGCUUUGACAAUUCUGAUCCGGAGAGUAUCAGGUUUAUGGCAAGAGAAAUAAAGAUACUGCGCAUGCUUGACCAUCCAAAUAUCAUGAAGUUGGAAGGGUUGAUAACUUCUCGGUUAUCGUGCAGUCUAUACCUUGUAUUUGAGUAUAUGGAACAUGAUCUUGCAGGACUUUCUUCCUGUCCUGACAUCAACUUUAGUGAAUCACAGGUCAAGUGCUACAUGCGACAGUUGCUAUCUGGACUAGAACAUUGCCACUUACAUAAUAUCAUUCAUCGUGACAUAAAGGGAGCAAAUCUUCUAGUCAAUAAUGAGGGGGUCCUGAAAAUGGCUGAUUUUGGUCUUGCAAAUUUUUACAGUCCUGGGCAUAAGCAACCACUAACUAGCCGUGUUGUGACUCUAUGGUACCGGCCGCCUGAACUUCUGUUGGGUUCAACUGACUACGAAGCAACUGUAGAUUUGUGGAGUGUUGGUUGUGUAUUUGCAGAAAUGUUUGUUGGAAGGCCUAUCUUGCAAGGAAGAACUGAGGUUGAACAAUUACAUAAAAUCUUCAGGCUUUGUGGUUCCCCUCCGGAUGAGUACUGGAAGAAGUCCAAGUUGCCCCAUGCUACAAUCUUCAAACCUCAUAAUCGCUAUAAGAGUAGUUUCCAGGAGUCAUUCAAAAAUUUACCAGCAAGUGCCUUUAGCUUGUUAGAAAAAUUUCUGUCUAUUGAGCCUUAUAAGCGUGGUACUACCUCAAGUGCUCUUGCAUCUGAAUAUUUCAGAACGAAACCUUAUGCCUGUGAAUCCUCAGAUUUGCCAAAAUACCCACCCACCAAAGAGAUUGACACAAAGAAUUAUGAUGAGCUGCACAGGAGAAAAGUUGCCGGUAGAGGGCAUGGAUCAGAAGCCAUAGUGAGACCAUUGAGAUCAAAUAAAGCUUCACAGGAACCAGGAGGGCUCAGUAAAAUAGCAGAUAGCAAAGAGGAGUCUUGGAUCAAUGUUACUGCAAUUGAUAGAAAUAAUGUAAAGAAAGAUCAUCUGAGAGUAGAUGGUGAAACUAGACUAUUUGUAGAUCUCCAGCCGAUUCCAUCAAUCACCCAUCCAGAUGAUGGACAUAACAUUAAGUGCAACUCCCAAGAAGAUCAUGCAGAUGAUAGAUCUUGCAGUACAAGUAACUCAAAAACUCGUCUCUCUUUUGCAAGAGAUCCAUCCAGUAUUGAAAAUGUUAAAAAUAAGCUUUACUUUGAGGGACAAGUAAAUGGGAGUGCACAAAACGUGCAUGCUGGUUCCAAAGGCCAUGGAUCAAUUGAGUUGGCCAAGCAUGCAAUUGUGAAAAAUUGGACACGUUUAGAACAUCCACAAUCAUUCGACUCUUCUGAUGUAUACUACUCUCAGGAGUUAUCAAAAGACCUUUACAAGGGUUUCCAUGAUCAAGACAGAGUUGAGUUCUCAGGGCCUUUGCUAUCUCAAACCCACAAGGUUGAUGAACUUCUGCAGAAGCAUGAGCGUCAUAUUCGCCAAGCAGUUAGGAGAUCAUGGAUCCAACGAGUGACAGGGAGAAAGCAGGAAAAAUAGAAUUUCAGGGCUGCUUUUUUAUAUUAGAGUAGAAGCCUAUGAAAUCAAAACAAACACCCUGGAUUGAGAAAAUUAUCUGACCAACAUCUUUCCACACAUGAAAGGAACUACGUCAAGUUGAUCCCAGCAAUUAUAUGCUAUAUGAUGGAUAAGUGCCACAGCAAUCUCCAUGCAGGCAGCUAGUGAGAAGAGACUAGCGUCUCAUAAAAAUGUCGUUACUACCAAUCUACACUACCUGCUUAUAAGUAAAAUGAUUCAAUAUCUGAUUCAGCUGACUGGUUUGCUGGUAUCGCUGAAGCUCUACUGGUUGAGAGGUGAUGAAAGAGAUCAAAUUUCUUGGAUGUUUAGUCUGGUUAUGGAGGCCAAGUUUCUUUAUAGAUCAAUGUAGAGAGCCAUAAUACCUUUUUCGGCAUCAGCAGCAUUGAAUUGAUCAAUGAGCAUUUUAUGAUGUAAAAGCUAUGUGUA